UUUCUGGCUUUUUAUUCAAUAAUUGUCAUUAAGGUUUAAUACACAUUAGGGUAUGAUCACAUUUUUUAACUGCAUUUAUUGAAUACAUGAAAGGAGGCUAUGUAUAUACAAAAGACUGAGACUUCUCCUAUUUCAUAUUCAUACCUGACUUUGCAUUCAAUAACUGCAAUUAAAUCCUAAAUAUGUGAACACGCCCUCAAACUGUUUUUUUUUUUGUGUUCACUGAUGGGUCUGUAGCUACACUGACUACAUGCUGCAAUAAAAGCAUAAAACAUCUUCUACUGCCACUCGGAAGCUGAUACAUCACAAUGUUUUUGGAUGCCCAUUCCAUGAAGGGGUUAAGUAGUAAGGUUAAGUGGCAGGUAGUACUGGGAACGAUCUCUAUUGAUUCUCAUCAUCAUUUACGUGUGCUGACAGAGGGUACAAUGAAGCAUUAACCCUCUCCUAGUCAGAGAUGGGCCAUCAGACUGGGAGGGGUUAAGUGACACUGCAGGUCAGUAACAUCAGGGAGCCUUCAGGAUGCUCCCCUGCAUUUUGGCAGGGAGGGGGGGGGGGGAGUUAUUAGACAAUGCUGCAUAGUUCUAGCAGGCGAGUGGAUGAUGUUUUGCAGUGUAUACAUUGCAUAUGAUGCAAAUUUGCUUGAAAGGAAGGGGUUAAGCGAUCUUCAGAGGGGCUGAGUUGGGCGAGUUUUAUCCGGGGAGUGCUCAGGGCAUGCAAGCAUGGCUGGCAGAGAGAAGGUAGCUGUGGCCCAGUCUGGCUCCUGCCAGGGCAGAAGGGUGAUGUUCAAGGAUCUACAGGGAGUCAGAUGAUCUUUUCUGUCAGCCCUGGAGUUAUGGUGGCUUUACAUGGCAGUCAAUACAAUGUUGGAAGGUUUAAUCCAUUGCCUUCACUGCAAGUACAGGUUAAGUGAAGAUCAUCACGACUGUGAUAAGAAGCUGUGACGGUGUCUUGCCACUCUUCGGUAGGCGGUCUUCCAGGGAGCUUUCUGUAUCCAGUGUCUUGUUCAUCUGAAGAUUCCAUACUACUUGGAGAUCAGGCUGUGGUUGAACAGGACCUAGCACAGAAUAAAAACGUCAUGAAGAAGAAGACUGUUUUGGCCCUGCUCGGUAUAGUACUUGGGUACCUGGUAACAGGGGCAGUGGUCUUUCAGAAGCUUGAACAACCCUUUGAAACUCAGCAACAGUAUCUUCUCAUGGAACACCGUAGAAAGUUCCUUGAGGAAAACAUCUGUGUGCAGGAGGAGAUUCUGGACACGUUUGUGCUGGUGAAGGAUGCUUUGGGUUCUGGAGCUGAUAUUGCAGCAAAUGGCACCAACGCUACCACAAACUGGGACAUCGGGAGUUGCUUUUUCUUUGCAGGAACGGUCAUCACUACAAUUGGAUUUGGUAACAAUGCUCCUAAGACAGAAGGUGGUCGGCUUUUCUGUAUUUUCUAUGCACUUUUUGGAAUUCCUCUUUUUGGCAUCCUGUUGGCUGGAGUGGGCGACCAUUUGGGUUCCGCUCUCCGCAAAGGCAUUGGGAAGGUGGAAAGGAUUUUCUUGAAAUGGCGUGUCUCAUCAACCAUUGUACGGGUUAUCUCAGCUGUACUCUUCAUCCUUAUUGGUUGUCUACUUUUUGUUCUUAUCCCCACCUUGAUCUUCCAAGAAAUCGAGAGGUGGAGCCUGCUAGAGGCCAUUUACUUCGUAGUCAUCACCCUCACCACAAUUGGCUUUGGUGACUAUGUGGCAGGUGAUAGUGCUGGAAAUGAACACACCUGGUACAAACCGCUGGUAUGGUUCUGGAUAUUACUUGGCCUUGCCUACUUUGCUUCCAUUUUGACAAUGAUAGGAAACUGGCUAAGAGUUCUUUCGAGAAAAACCCGAGCAGAGAUGGGUGGCUUUACUGCUCAUGCAGCAAAUUGGACAGCAAGCAUGACCGCUGACAUGAAGCUUCCUCACAGGGGGAUAAGUAUUAACUUUCAAGAACGAAUGCAGCGACAGAAAGGGGGUUUAAAUGGUUCAGAUGCUCUGCCGAGAGAUGACGAUGAGGUAGAAGUGGAAAUGGAAAACAAGGGAGAACAAAUGGAAAGAACAGAAGAUGAAGAUGAAGAAAAGGAAGAGCCACAGACAGUUCCAACUUCAAUUCCCAUCAUCGCACCCCAGACACCACCACUCACUCCUUCUGUUAGAGCAGAAGACCCUGCAAGACGAAUCAUGGAGUGGGGAGAAAAUAUGGCUUUCAUUGAUGAAUCUUCAGACACUCAAAGUGAGAUAGGUGUGGGAGAUAAAGACACAGAUGAAAAAGGAGAAAAGGGAAAAGUAUCAAGAAACAAGAGGCGGAAGAGGACAGGAGUAAGAGGUGCUAGGAGAGAGACCCAUCCAACUUCACGGAAUAGGGAUAAAGGGGAAAGCGGCUAACAAGGAUGUACCUUAAUCUUACAACUUUGCUUUAAUAAAUACCAACACUACUUCCAAAGUGCCACUCCCCUGCCAUCACUUCACUGCCAAACCUGAAUUGUAUUGGCCGUAACACUGGUCAGUUGGUUAGUUUUAUACACAUUGUCCAGAAUAGUAAAAUUGGCAGUUUUCAACAUGACAUGACAUUUUUCUAUGUUUACAAAUACAAUGUGCUAUGCAAGAGCUUGCUCACAGGCAAGUUUGACUAUGCCGAUGCCAUCAUAUAUCACACGUAUCCUUCUUAGCAUGUCAUAUAAUGCCAGUUCACAAUAAUUUGCUGGAAGUUUAAUCUCAUCUCCUAGGUAUCCUCAGCUCAUGCUUUUGUGAGUGAGCAAUCCCUGUUCUCCUAGUCAUCUCAUUGGCUUGCGUAUCUGAUCCAUGUGGGUGAGGGAGGUGAAUGUGAUUAAUAAAUGGCCUGUAAUAAAGAGGUUUAAUGAGAUGUCUGUGCGGCUACAGAUUAAAUGCUGUUUGUCUCAUGUGCUGCCAAGACUGGACCAAUACUCUGCAUUUUCCAUCCUUGAAGCAAUCAUUGCUGCAGCCACUGCUCUGUCAUCCAUUAGGACUCUCCCAGCACCGUAAUAAAAGAUGGCAUAUUUCCA